AACAUUUCGUGUGCUUAGCAAAUUAAAUAAAAAGACGUGUGUGUUAAUAGCAACAGCAGCCGGCAACAACUGAAUACAACAGCAGCAGUCGAAAAUAGUUGCAAACAACACAAUGCCCGUGUGCUGCAAAGCGCCUGCUGUAGCAUAUCCAAUGGGCAGCAGAACUGAAAAUGUACAUUUUACAUAAACUGUGAUUAUGAGUUCCACAAAAUCUCAAGUAGCCCUCGCUACAAAUAUUCCAACCAACUUAGCCUCCGCCUCAGCCACCUCCACUGCGGCCACCGCCGUUGUUGUUGUCGCCGCCGUUGCCAGCAACAAUUCUGCGACGUCACCAGCAUCUGCAACUGCAACUGCACCUGCAGGAGCAACAACAACAGCUGCAGCAGCAGCAGCACCAACUACAAGUGCAACAGCAGCCGUGACGUCAUCAACAGCAGCAGCAGCAACAACAGCAACCAGCAACAGCAACAGCAACAGUAACAACAACACCAACAAUACCAACUGCAACGAGGAGCAAUCGAACGCUUCCAAUUUGGGGCGUCAAAACAGUUUUGGCAAUAGACGCGGCAACAUGAAGGGCAAACAUCUUACACGCAGCCAUGCCAUGCGCGAGUCUACGUCGCCGCCACGCACGCCAACGCCGCGAGGCGCCGCCGAGCAGCAACAACACCCCAGCGAUGCUCAUGAGCACAACAACAGUAACAGCAACAGUAACAACAACAACAAUGCCAUAUUAAGCAACAACAACAAUAGCAAUAUAAACACCAAUAGCAAAGCACAAUCAACUGGACGCGGCAAUUCGCCGCUGAUGGAAACGCCCGCUGUGAUUGUUACUAGUCAGCAGCAGCAACACUUGCAACAGCAACAGCAGCAGCAGCCGCCGCUGAAUGUGCCGCUGCGUGAUGAGUCCGAGUUUCCCAAGUUGUCGCCGCCCAAGAAAUCUGGAGCUGGCCAUCACAAUCGCACCAACAGCAACGGCAGCUCGGGCAUUGAGUACAACAACAACAGCAGCAGCAACAAUAACAACAACAACAGCAGCAACAGUGGCAAAAAGUAUGUGGUGGACUUGAAAUCCAAUGGACUGGAAAAGCAUCACAACAACAACAACAGCGGCAGCAACAACAACAGCAACAACAAUGGCAACAGUCAGAAUUCCUCCACGCUGUUGUACAACUCAGGCAUGAAUUAUAAGGCUGCCGAGCGCCAUGAGCGCCACGAACGCCACGAAAUGUCCAGCCAGAAUAGCAAUCUCAGCAACAGCAACCACGAGGAGGAGCAAUAUCAUUAUGAGCGCGGCACGGGCGGCGGUGGCAAGAAGCAUCGCGCCAACAACACCAAUGCAAAGGGCUCCAAGCCCCGUUUGAAGAACCUAACGGGCAGCUCGUCCAAUAGCAUUGAUGCCGGUGGUGCUGGUGGUGGUGGCGGCGGCGGCGGUGGCGGUGGCAAUGGCAACUGUGGUGGCAAUGGUCAAACGCUUGGCUGCAACUCCAACAAUUCGAGCAACAACACAUCAGGCUUUAUAUCGCGCGUCUUUCAUCAAUCAGAGAACUCAAGCGAACAAUAUACGGAUUUUGGUGGCACCGAUCUGUUGACCUUCUUCCGGGACACGCUCAACAAGAAUCCAAAGGAUCGAAACUAUCUGCUGAAGAUUGAAAAGGAUUUGAUAGACUUUGUGCAGGAAAAGGGUCGGGGCUGUGAGUAUCGCUUUCCGUCGUCGUCUUCGUAUAAUCGCAUGCUAAUCCAUCGCACGGCUGCCUUCUUUGGCAUGGAUCACAAUGUGGACUCCGAGACGCAACAGUGUGUGAUCGUGGCCGUUACCAAGGGCACACGCAUACCAGAGAUUCGCUUCAAGUCUCUGGUGCGUGGCGAUCAUCGUGAGGAUGGGCGCAAGUCAAUUCUAAAGCGCGAUACGCACAGCUUCGAUGAGGUGCGCCAGUCGCCGUAUCUCUGUCCGGAGCGUCUGAUGCUCGAUCGCAAGGCCAAGAGCUUUGAGGAGCGCGAGGAGAACUAUGAUCGUGCACGCAGUCGCAUCUUUAAUCGCACAUCACAGCAGGAUGGCUACGAUGAGGAUUGCUAUGGCGGUGGUCCUGGCGGCGGCAACGGUGGCUGGCACAAUGCAGUCGAGCAGCAGCAGCAGCAGCAGCAACAGCAGCAGCAACAACAACAGCAGCAGCAGCCGCCUCGACCCAAACGUCCCAAUGGCAAAAUGCUGCAAAUGCAGAAUUCAACGGAGUCACGUGAUGGAGGCGGCAUGCGUUCCGGUGGUGCUGUGCCCAAGUCCCACAACUUUGGCAACUACGGUGGGCCGCCGAGCACUGGCGGACCCGGUGGCGGCUCGCUACCACGCGGCGAUUCGACCAAUUCAAGCAAGAGCGGACGCGGCAGCAACUUUGCCAAGCAGGACUCGACUGGCAGCACCAGCACACCCUGGCGCCUGUCGCCCUCGAGCAGCGGCUACAAGACGCGCACUCAAUCCGUGCGCUCCGAUUCCGUAACGCCCUCGCCCACCGGCUACGGCAGCGAUAGACAGACGCCGGAGUACAGCCAGCCGACGGCGCAGGUCAAUUCCAAUCGGGGCAUGGCCUCGUUUCUGCAGCAUGCAGCGACGCCACCACCACCACAACAACAACCAUCAUCAACAACAACAGCAAUUGCAACGACAACGGCAACAACGUCCUGCACUCCAGAGUCGUCGGCAUCAGCAUCGGGACUCGUCUGGGCCGUCACAGACAUUUCGAGUGUGCCAAUUGGCAGCGUCCUCAUUGAUCCGCAAACCCUCCAACCAAUUCUCAAUGCAGACGGCUCCAUUUACCACUAUGACCCGUCCAACUUGCCGCCCAACCAGGCGCUGCAGCAUGGAGGCAACAGUGGCGGCCAGAACUAUCAGUCGAGCGGCAACUCUGGCGGCAACUAUGCCUCGUAUCGCAAGUCUUCGCCACAUCAGCCGCAGCAGCAGCAACAACAGCAGCAGCAACAACAACAGCAGCAGCAGCAACAACAACAGCAGCAGCAACAACAGCCGCAACAACAACAGCAGCAGCAGCAGCCGAUAUAUAGCGCUGAACUAUCCUGCAGCUCCACGGAAAGCUAUGCCGAGGAGGUGCAAUCACCGGGCAUGGACUGCUCCGAUAGCUACGAGAGCUAUCAGAAUGAGCCGCAGCAGAUGCAGUCGCUCUGCGAGUCGGGCAGCGGCAAGGGCGACGAGUGUGAUAGUCUGUCCAGUGCCACGGCCUGCCUGAGCAUCACGACCUCGACGUCCACCAAGAACUAUGAUCGCAUCGAGGUGCAGAAGUAUAAGAAUCAGGCAACCAGUCCCAACAUACCAGCCUGCUGUGCCGCUGAAAAGGAGCUCGAGCAGCAGCAGCAGCAGCAACAACAGCAGCAGCAGCAACAACAACAUCAGCAGCAGCAACAACAGCAACAAUUGCAGUUGCAGGACCAGGAAACGGAAACCGCUAGUGUGUCAUCGCCGCAGGAGUUGCCAGCUAGCCAAACGCCGCUGCCAGUGGCCGCAGUUCCAUUGAACUGCGAUGCCCAAUCGCUGUCGCCCAGCACCACGCCCUACAGCCAGUGCGAGAUGAAGCCAGCCAGCCAGAGCCAAGCUCAGGCCGUUGCCGAGGAGCCCAAGACGACCAGCUGGACGUACACGCAAAGCUAUCAGGCAGCCGAUGGCUCCACCGUCUUUCAUACCACUACCACGCCCAAUGGCGCGGCGCCCUAUUGCGCCACCACAUAUCAGCAAGGGCCCGAUGGCAGCAUCUAUGCUGUGCCCCAGGGCAUGGUGUAUGCGGCGUAUCCACAGCCAACGGUUAGUGGCGCUGCCUCGCAGCCGCUCUUCCAGCUGACGAGCAGCAGUCAGCCGACGCAGGCGAUAUUCGCCUCACAGGAGGCUGGCGAGCUGCCCGGCGGCACCUACAUGAUACCUGUCUUCGAUCCGGCACAGCAGCAGCGCGACGGUAUAAUACCCGCCCAGGCCAUAUACCAGACGCCGGCUGGCCCAGCCACGGCUGUGAUGCCAAUGGCCACCGCCACCUAUCCGGCAGCCCAGUUUGCUGCCGCCGCUCCCAAUGGUGCGCCCAUCUAUCAGGGGCCGUUGAUCUACUCCAGCGAUCCGUCUGGUGCGCCGCUGCAGCAGCUGCCCAUGGCCACGUACCCCAUUGGCUAUCCGUAUCAUUAUUAUCAUCCCAUACCCUACUACACUCUACCCCAGCAGGCAGUCGCUGCCACGCCCAUGGUGGCAACUGCUGCGGCUGGCCAGCCUCCGCCCGCCGGGCAGCCGACGGUGCAGGCCCAAGCGCAAGCGCAGGCCCAGGCCCAGGCUGCAGCUCAGCUGAAUCUCGCAACUGCCACAGCGGCUGGUCCGCCCACGGUAGCUGGCGGCCAGCAGACCACCAAUGGCCACCUCAUCACCACUGGCGGCAACGGCGGCAACAACAGCGGCGGCUAUAUGGGCGGUGGGCGUGUGAAGCGAACCCCUGGCGGCGGCUCGAUACACUACAAUGCCAGCUAUCCGUCAGCAGCGACGGCAGCUGGCCAUGCCACUGCGGCACAUCAUCCGGGCGCCGGCUCCGCGCAGCUGAUCGCCACGACGCCCGGCGCCAGCACAACGACAUAUCAUGCGCUGCCCACGCUAACGCUGGCGCAUGGCGGCGCGGGGGCCAACACAGAUCUCAAUGCUGCUGCGGCUGCUGCGGCCGCUGCCGGUGCGCAUGUGUAUGCGGUGCCAGCGCAGCAUGCCACGGCGCUGAUACCAACCAACAUAUUCCCCUAUGCGCCCGGCCAGGCGGGCGCCCAGCCGGCGGGGCCGCAUAAUGCGGUGCUCCAGCAGCAGCAGCAACAGCAGCAGCAGCCACCACCACCGCCGCCGCCGUCAGCGGCUCAGCACACGGCACCACAUCACGCUCUCAUCACAGCCGCACCGUUCUACCCGGCAGCCAGCGGCGCCAUGGAUGUGGCCGCCUCUCAGUCGGCGCCGAGCACGCCAGCGGCGCCGGGUCGCCAGGCACCGCUGUUCAGCACUCCACCCGCACCGAAUGUCGCUGGCAGCGCCAACAGCACUGGCGGUGCCAUCUCGGGCGCCGGUGGCUCGGGCUACCACAGCAACAGCACCACGCCCCACUACUACCACAGCCAGAGCAGCAACGACGGCGGCUACGGCACGCCCUACGAGAAGCGCAACAACAACACAAGUGGGCUGGGCUCGACUGCGCCCAGCGUCGGCCGCAAAUCCUACCAUCCGGGUGGCUACAAUCCGCGCCACUCGCUGCCGCUGGGCGGCAUGCCAACGAGCGCCAAGACGCCGCUGCUCAACUCGAACAACGAGCCGACGCCGCGUGCCUCGCCCAGCAGCGUUAACCUGGGUGGACCGUCGACAUCGUCGAGCUAUCAUCAUGCCGCACACCGUGGACCGCCGCAUGGACUGGGCAAGCGGGAGAAUAAGCCCACGCAGCUGCCACUGAUCAGCGGACCACCGCCCAGUUAUGCGCCCACGACAAGCAGUCCAGCUGGAGGAGCCGGAGGCGGUGGCAACAUUAGCUACGAGACGAAGCCACCAGUGCGUCUGAAUGCAGCCGCUGCCAGCUUCCGUAGCCAGAAGACGAUCAAUGCGGACUUCAGGCGCAGCGUCUCGCAGCGCAACUCGCCGAGCGCCAAUGGCAACAACGGCGGCGGCAGCCACGAGAGCAGCAACAACUCGCCCAACAGUAUUGCAGGCGGCGGUGGCGGCAGCAGCAGCAACAACAGCAACAACAACAGCAGCAGCGCCGCCAAUACGCCCAAUGCCACCAGUGCACCACCCACCACCAGCCUGGGCACCCAGUACAUCGUGGUGGAUCCAUCGACGGGCGCCGCAAUGAACGCCUCGCCGCCGUCGCUCUAUCUGAGUGGCGGUGGUGGCAACGCUGGCGGCGGCAGCGGUGCCGGACCGCGUGCCUCGCACAUUCCAGCCCAGCUGCACCAUCCGGCCGGAGCGGCAGCAGCGGAGGCGGCUGCAGCAGCAGCCAACAGCCAGCAGGCCACAGCGGUGCUCAGCGGUGUGGCGGCCCUCGGUGGCUACAAUCCGAACGGGGCGUCCAGCGUCUACAUCAAGUAUGGCCAGACAUACUUUGCGCAUCCCUCGGUGGCCUUGCCCAACAGUCGACGUUCGCCCUCGAGCGAUAUCCGGCCGCAAAUGGCGCAGGUAACCGGCAUGUAUCCCGCCACAAUGAUGAUACAAGCACCUCCACGUCAUCCAAGUCGUCAUCCCAAUCCGAACUACAAGGGCUCGCGUCCGCGGUAAAUCUAGCCUAACUGCUAAAUCUGAACAACUGGCGGAUAGUGAGAGAUAGCAACAAGCAGGAAAAGAAGAUGAGGAAGAAAUAGAAGAACUACAUAAACAUAACGGCAUACCUAAGAUAAAUAUAAAUAGCAACCUAAUCUAGUGGAACAUAAUGUAGUUGACAAAAAAAAAAGAGAAAAAAAAACACAAAAAAAGUAAAACGAAUGAAACGAAAAGUGAAAGAGUGAAGAACGAUGAUGAAGUAGAUGAACAUGAUGUAACAGAGCAUAGGAGCAAAGGGCAGCAGCAGAAGCAGAAACAGAGCAGACUGAAGAUGGGAGGGUGCAGCAGCUAACGGGACUGCAAGCUUAAUGCAACAAAGUGUUGAAACAAACUUCCGCAGGCA